UAAAUGAGCUGGUUUAAUGAUAACUUUAAUAUGACUUGGUCCCAAAAUUUAAUAAUGAGAAUUUUAAAAUUGGGACCUAUUCCAAGACACAUAGCUUUUAUUAUGGAUGGUAAUAGAAGGUAUGCCAAAAAAAUUGGUAUAACACGUAAUUUUGGUCACCUUAAAGGUUUUGAAACGCUCUCUAUGAUAUUGCAUUGUGGUUUGAAAUUGGGGUUUAAAGAAGUUACAGUUUAUGCAUUUAGUAUUGAGAAUCUUAAAAGAUCAAAAGAUGAAAUUGAUGAAUUAAUGGAAUUAGCUAAAGAAAAAUUUGAAAAGUUGCUACAAGAAAAAAGCAUGUUAGAUAAAUAUAGAAUAAGAAUUCGGGUUUGGGGAAAUUUGUCCUUUGCUGAUGAAAAAUUGUUGCAAUUGAUUAAUUAUAUUACAUGUAUCACCAAACACAAUGAAAACGCAACCUUGAAUAUAUGUUUUUUCUACACAUCAACCGAUGAAACAGUAUCGGCCAUUAAUGCAUUAUCUAAUAUUGCAGCAAAAAAUAUUUUCGAUAUCAAUAACAUAAAAGAUGAUAUUAUUAUCAAAGAUCACUUAUUUACGAAAAAUUCAUUGGAUAUUGAUUUGUUAGUGAGAACCUCAGGGGAAACUAGAAUCAGCGAUUUUUUGACUUGGCAGAUUGGAUACUCAUGCCUUUAUUUUGUCGAUAUUCUUUGGCCUGAAUUCACAAUUUGGCAAUUAUUUAAAGCAGUACUAUUUUAUCAAUUUAAUUAUAUAGCGAUACAAAAAUUAAAAAAGCAACUGACACAAGCACUAUAUUGACAAAUAUCAAUUAACCAAUUCUAGGUGAUUUGCUUAGAAAUUCUUUGAGAUCAUUCGAAAUAUUUUUCAGAUCAAUCCCAGGAUAUAAAUCCAAAUGAGAUUUAUUACUAAUUUCGCUAACAUUUAUAGGAUUGUUUUGGAUAUUUUUUGUUGUAAAUUUAUCUUUAUGUGUUUUGGGCACAAAAAAUUGGAACAAUUUAUAAUUAUUAUAUAAACUAAACAUAUCUUCACGAUCCAAAUUAUACUUUAUUGCUAACAUCUUAACUAAAUUUUUUGUAUCUGGUUCAAAAAUGUUUUGUAUUUGAGUAUUAUUUAAUUUACUGUUUUCAUGUACUUUUUUCAAUUUAUUAUAUUCCGAAAAAAUGUUCAAAAUAUGAAUGGCUUGCUUUAGACUUAAUUUACCAUUACUAAUAUUUUUUGGUUCAGCAUAUCCUAGUUCUAACAUCUUUGAUUUUUUAUAUACUGGCAAUGGUCUUGAUUUCGUGUUAUCAAAUGGAAUUAUAGAUAUUUGAUCUGAUUUCUGUAUUUAUAUAAAAUGUAUAGUAUAAUAAUUUAAUAUAUGAAUUAUAGUACAUAUAUAUUGAUUCAUUUUUAAUAAAUUAUUUAAUCAAAAUUUUAUAUACAAA